AAAAAUAUAUUAAAAAGUGAAUGAAUCUAAACAUAAAAUACAUCUCCUUUAUUUUCAAUGUAUCUAAAAAUUUGAAUUGGGAGCUAAUAAAGAAUGUUUUGAGGCAGCCAGGCAGGCCUGGUACUUCCGACCGCAACGGCUGCCCGUCUUGUCCGAUUGAAAUUCCAACAGUCAUAAAAUUUGAAUUCAACUCGGAGCAUUUCUUUACUCCGUAUAAAAUGAUCAAUGGAAAAGAACAAAAGAGAGAGCGAUAUACAAUCCCGUAGUUUAAUGAUGGAAGUGGAAGUCCAGUCCGCCAUUGUCGACCUCCUGAAGAGAGAGAAGAAGCUAGGCGAUGAAGAAGAAGAAGAGGAGGAGGAGGAGAGAUGGAUGAAGCACUACUCUUCGCUUCAUCAGAUUCUGCUUGUGGGUGAUGGAGAUCUCUCUUUCUCUCUGUGUCUGGCUAUGGCGUUCGGAUCUGCUUCGAAUAUUGUCGCUUCUACCCUCGAUUCCUUUGAUCAGGUGAGGAAAAAGUACAAGAAUGCAAAGUCAAACAUAGAGAAAUUGGUUGAUUUAGGAGCCACCAUUUUGCAUGGAGUGGAUGCUAUCAAAAUGAAGCUUCAUACCGACCUCCGGAUGCGAAAAUUCGACCGCAUUAUAUUUAAUUUUCCCCACGCCGGUUUCCAUGGAAAGGAAGACGCCACGCGGCUAAUCCAAAUGCACCGGAAACAAGUAAGUGGAUUUUUCCACAGUGCAAGUGGGAUGCUCCGACCGGACGGGGAAAUCCAUGUGAAUCACAAAACAACUGCGCCGUUUUGCCACUGGGAUCUCACCGGUCUGGCGUCCAACAGUUCUCUGGUUUUGUUUGAGUGCGUUGAUUUCCGCAUCGCUGACUACCCAGGCUACAACAACAAGAGAGGGGAUGGCCCGAGGUGCGACGACCCUUUUCCAUUGGGUCAGUGCAGCACAUUUAAGUAUGUGUUCUCGCCCCACGCAAAGAAAAUUCCCAAUCCUUCUAGGCAGCACUGUGGAUUUGCUGCUGCUCAAAGGCCUCCAAGAGUCCAAGCAGCAGUAUCUCCUUAUGCUACAUUUGGUGGUCAAUAUUCUUCUCCCAAUGCCUACGCCGUAACGAACAACGGUCUAGAUCACAAUGCUGCAUUGUUCAAACCCUCCUUGCAGAAUGAGUGCUUUCGGUUCUUUGGCGCGUAUUUCAAUCAGGUCAUGUAAACAUUUGGAAUGGUGGACCGUGACAUCCACUUCUCGGUUCGCCAAGGGUUGGGACAAGCUUACGAUAUAUACAUGGGUGAAAACCGAGGAAGGGGCUUGAGUGGGUACAUAUAUCUCUUGGAACAACUUCACCAUCUGAGCCAAGUGAGAUCAGAUUGGUUAAGGAAGAAUCU